CCGUUACCCGCCAAAGGGGAGCGGAGUUUGGCCAUAACGAUGUCGUAUGAGUCUUUCCAACCUGUCGCUAUUAGAGCGAGGAAUCAGAUUAGUUCCCCUUGUUCUUCACCAUUCUCUGCAGAAUCAGCAGCAGCAGCUGGGGUGCCAAAAAAACAAAGGUGUUCAAAGGUUGCGCCUUUCGUCGUCUACCUCGUAAAUUCUCUGCGAACACUCUUCACACUGUUUGGAUGUGUAUGGCGGAAGACCCAACUCGUCUUGGCGCGUAGUUUGCUUGCAGCCGAUAGAUAAGAGCGAGAAGAUUGGCAGGAAGAACGAAAAGGGAGCGAAUUCAUCCUUUCUAGGGUUCUUAUUUUCUGGUUUUGUUCAGGGUGGGAAAAUAUGGAAGCGUCCUCUUCUUCUUCGUCGUCGGUGAUAUCUCCGGAAGACGUGUUGGAAUGUCUCAUGAACGACGGCACAAUUGAUGCUCUGAGAUUGAAGAUCAUCAAUCAGCUCAAGGCUAAUGAGGCUCAUUACUUCAAUCGGGACUUAAGCUUUUUGUUAUGUUGGUGGUUUGAUUGGUGGUCAAUUCGAGUCAAUAAGAACAAUGGAAGAGCUGAAGAAUACAACCAUCAAAAUGGCCGAACAGAGUAAGGUUUUAAAUACCCCUGGCGCAGAGAAACAGACCAAGAGGGAACUAUUCGAUGCACUUCGACAAGAACUUGAAACUCCGGUGCUCGAGAAGGCUUCGAAAUCGGUAUGGGAAUUGAUUCUGGACAACAAUGGACUGGGGAAAGAAAUAAGUGAAACGGUCGAAAGAGUGUUCUGCAAAUUAAGCGGCCAAGAGCCUCCGUUGUUUCCGCCUCCAAGUAAUCCUGAACCACAAGCUUCCAGGGAGAAAGAGAACAAGAAAGAGGCAGAGAAAGAAGAGGAGUUGACGAUAGCAAGUCUGAAGGAUAACUCUAUGUUGAAACAUCCGAAGAAAAGGCGGUACAACGAGAUUACCAACGAGAAAAGUGGUGCUGCGAAUGAAGUUGCAAGAAAAUCGGCCGAUGAUCGAUCAAGUCGAAAUGCACCAUCCCAGCACCAGAAAUCCCUCCAACAGGGUAGGGAUACCCAUAAAACCCUGAUGGCUGCUGCUGCUGCUCAUACAUUUGCCCACCAUUCAUAAUCAUACCAGUAGAAGCGCGAUCCGGAACUAAAACCUGCUGCUGCUGCGCAUACAUUUCCCCACCUGUAAUCAAACCAGCAGCAGCCGGAUCUGGAACAAAACCCUGCUGCUGAUACUGCUGCUGCUGCUGGUUGUCGAACAUCUCGUUCCGAGGAAUCGCCAAGUCAGCAUAAUGACCAGUCUCCAGAUUACCAAGGAUUUCCAAUCUUUGCAUCAUCAGGAAAUUCUUAUCAACUGAAGAAGGGGAUCCUUCCGAUACCGACCCACUGAACUGAUUGCUGCUCAUUUCAGUAUCAAACAGGUUGUUGUUGUUGAUAUGCCCAUCUGAUAAAGAAGCUCCUGAGCUCGAAUCAUAAUAACUUCUCUCUGGUGCCAAGUACUGGUUCCCCGCGGCUGACAUGUCGUAGCUAACCAGCCCGACAUUUGGGUUGGGCUCUGGCAGCAUCUCGCCCCACAUUGCAGCAUUGGUGAUCAUUUGCUGAUCUGAAUGGGAAAAAACGAAAGUGUAUGUUGUCUUAGAACAAAGUGGUGGGGAGAAAAGGAAAGAGCUUUUGCUACAUUGUUAUUUGUUAGUACCUGAAACUGGGGAUGGAGAGGAAAGCUGGGAGAAAUGCUGCUGAGGGUUUGGGUACAGAACAGGGUUGAUGACCAGGUUGAGGGUCGGGUUGAAACCGGGACAGAAGUCAGGCAGAGGUGGAAAGUAAGGAUCUUGGAGACUGGGGAAUGGGUUGCGGCUUAGUUGAAAGAGCCUUUGAUCGGCUUGGAGAAGCUUUUCAUAUGGCUUCUCUAGCUUCCCUGGUGGAUACACUAUUUCAUGCCUCCUGAAGAAGAAGAAGAGAUAUAAGAGCAAACAAGGAAUCAGUCAGGUAAUCAGUGGAACUGUAAAAAAGAUUGUGUUGCCAAUUGUCGCAGGUUGUUAAUUUUUUUUUUUGUCAUAAUAAUUUCCAUGGUAACAUAACACUUCGUAUUGUUGAAAAAGG